AUGCUGGAGAUGGUCAUCUACUCUGGGGAUCGCUUACUUGACAUUCCCUGCAACGUGUGCGGAGACAGGAGCUCUGGGAAGCACUAUGGCAUAUACAGCUGCGAUGGCUGCUCCGGAUUCUUCAAGCGCUCAAUCCACAGGAAUCGGGUGUACACAUGUAAAGCUGGGGGUGAGCUGAAGGGCCGCUGUCCAGUGGACAAGACGCACAGGAACCAAUGCCGUGCCUGCAGGCUCGCUAAAUGUUUUCAAGCAAACAUGAACAAAGAUGGAUCAGUAACACGUGUUCAACACCUAUUGCUCUCCUGGGUCACGGUGAGGGGCGCGAUCGGCGAGGGUGCAAACAAUUGCACCAUAAUAGUGAAAUUAGUGAUGCUUAUGGAACUG